GAGCAUGAAGAGACGCCAACACCACCAUCACAUGCGACCGAAGGCAAAGCUAAACCGAAGGAUAAGGAUAAGCAUGCAUUCCCCAACAUGGAGAGUUUUUCUCGAGAGUUAACAGCAGCAGAAAGGGAAGAAAUGCAAAGGCGGCAAGAUUUAGCUUUGACCAUGGAGAUGUUUGGAGAGCAGCCUACUACUGGAGAUCAGCGUCCCUAUAGCGAUAUUCUUUCGAAAGAUGAGUUUGAAGAUUGGGGAUUGAAGUGGAUGCUGAUUGCGGCAGUUUGGUCAAUAUUCUCUUGGUUCUUCUCAUUAUUUGCUCUAGUUUGA